CUCCUAUUGACCCUGACUUAAUCUGGCUUUAUUUUUUCUCAUCUGUCGUUCGCUGAUCAACCUUAUAUCUACCUCUUUCUCUUUCUUUUCAUCUAUAGCAGAAGGAGCCGUUUACUCCCUCCCUACGUUGAGAAGGGGGGAGUUUGGGGAGGUCGGCAUGUUGAGACCUGUACACAAUAGCAGCUACAGACUGGACCCUCUGACUGCAGGGCACAACGAAAAGCUUCAGAACAUCACACUUCAUGUAUGAGAAUUUCAGAGACCAAUUUCAGAACAUGGAACAGGAAACAAAGAAUGAAAAACCGAGAACUCUGAAAAAAGAUCUGGUACACAAGCAAGAGCUCAGUAAGAUGCAGAGCCAGAGGAAAAACAUCCGUGUGGUGGCAAAGCCCCGAGCCAAUCAGAACGGCGGAAAUGAGCAGAGGCCACGCCCUGCUGUGCUGGGAUUGGACGGGGUGGUGUCCAGGCGGGCCGUGUUUGAGCAACUGGCAGAGUCGCAGAGCGAGGAGCGCCCAAGCACCAAGCGGCAGCUCUCGGCUGAGAGCGUGGCAAAAUGUGUGAGCGUGAGCAAGAGGAGAGACGCUGUGCCGCACGCGGAAACGCACGCUUCAAAAGCACUCACACACAGCGGCCCUGCCGCCAGGCCAGGGAAACCCCUCGCACGGCGGAGGUUCCGCCAACAACUGUUCAAAAGCACAGAUGUGUUCCAGAGAGUGGACACAUACGCCAUCAAUGCAGGGAAGGAGCUUCGGGAGGAGUGUAUAUUCUCUGCACCUCCCAUAGCUCAAUGUGUGACGCGGGGGGCCAGGAGUGAGCUAGAGAAGCUGAGAGCCAUCUGGGUGUGGCUGUGUCACAACAUUGAGUACGAUUUGGAUGGAUAUCUGGGUUUGAGUCCAAAGCUCUGCUCACCUGAUGAAGUCAUCAAGGAGGGCCGUGGAGUCUGCAGUGGCUACUCAAGCAUUUGCCUGGAGAUGUGCAGGGAGGUUGGCAUCAAAUGCCAGGAGGUGAGCGGCUUCAGUAAAGGCAUCGGGUACCAGCUGAGUGGCCGCCGUGCCCGUGAGUCGGACCACAUGUGGAACGUGGUGUGGCUGGAGGGCCAGUGGUGGCUGCUGGACGCCUGCUGGGGAGCGGGCAGAGUGGACAUGCUGAAUAAGACCUUCAUAAAAUGCUAUGAUGAUUUCUUCUUCCUGACGGAACCAAGUGAGUUCAUUGACACUCACUUUCCCGACCAAUCAGAAUGGCAGCUUCUGGACACGCCCCUGAGCUGGGAGAAGUUUGAGAAGAGAGCAAUUACAUCAUCAGCUUUCUACAGCCUAGGCUUAAAACUAAAGCAACACCACCAAGUUACCACGGAUGCUGGUGAGGCCAACGUGUGUAUGAGCUUCGCCCGGCCCAUGAGUGUGACUUACGAGCUACGCCCUCAUCACUCCCGUGACGACACACACACCACCCAGUGCGCACAGUCAGACGCAGUGCCCCAGCGUGGAGCUCCAGAGCAGGGGGACUCCCGUGGCUCCUCUGCCCGCCUCAGCCUCACCUCCCUGGGCAUGAGCCUGCAGCUGACUCCCCCCGAGGCUGGAUCGUACGACCUGCGGCUGUUUGCGCGGCCGCUGUCGGCGAGUGCCGCGCGGCACUGCUGGGUGUGCACCGUGGAGGUGGUGUGUCCGGUUGCGGCCGAGACGGAGGAGGUGCCACCCAACCCGUUCCUGAGCUGGGGCGUGUGCGUGGACGCCAGCGAGCUGGGCGUGGAGUGCUGCAGCGCAGGAAGUGAUGUCGUGGAGGUGGGUGAGGGCGGCGAGUGGGCGCUGACUGUGCAGACGUCGCGUCCGCUCAUGAUGCUGUGCGAACUGGUGCACACCUCCCUCGAGCCCGCGCUGGCCAAGCGUUGCCUGGUGACGCAGAUUGCCACUGCCCAGCUGGUGUGUCAUGUGGUCUGUCCUCUCCGUGGCUUCUACAGGCUGUCUGUGUUCGUGCGGGACUACGAUAGUAGCGACGGAAAAUUCCAGAACGUUGGGAACUUCCUAAUGCACUGUCGGAAUGCCUGCCCCGGGCCUGAGAGCCUGUUCCCCCCGAAUCUCACCCCGUGGUGCGGUCCGGGGAUACGAACGCAGCAGGCCGGACUGACCCAAUUCAGCCAUGCGGGCCCAGUGGUGAGCCUGCCCCAAGGCCGCUGCAACAUCAGCUUCCACAAGGACUCCCCAGACCUACAGGUGCACGCGGGCCUCAGUGCGGAGCUCCACCAGGAGACCACGGACCUGGGUGCCGAGUUGCGGGAAGAGGCCCUCCCCCUGUCACGACACCUCUUCCUCACCCAGAUGGACGGCAAGGUGACCGUGAGUGUGAGCGCACCCCGCCGCGGCGUCUACCGCCUCUCACUGUACGGCCGGACGCCGCCGCAACAGGACUACAUGCCGCUGUGCGAGUUCGUGCUGCGCAGCUCGUACCUGGAGCCCAACCCCCCGUUCCCGGCCGUCUACUCGGCGUGGGACCGCGGCUGCGUGCUGCUGGAGCCGCGCGGAGGGGUGCUGCUCGCCGGGCAGCAGGUGGCGUUCCGGGUGCGCGUGCCCGGGGUGCGGAGCGUGUGCGUAAUCGGGGAGAAGCACGCGGAGCUGAAGAUGAACAAGAGCCGCGUGUGGGAGGGCCACGCACACACGGGACACGGCACACUCACGCACGUCAAACUGGCCGCAGCGACCGUGGAGACGGACAGCAUGGCCAUCCUGCUGACCUGGGACGUCCGCAAUCUCCCCAAUGAACUUUGAGAAUGCUUCUGCCAACUUGUAUGUGUGUGUAAGAGUUUUUUAAUGUCUGUGAGACAAUGUAUUCACAAUCCUUCACUAUUUCAAUGUUUAUCCGUGUUUUAAGAGAUAUAAGCUAAUACAUUCAACCUCUUCCGCACAAAGAAAUCUUUCAGACACUGAAAAUGGCUGAACCUGGACAUGAUAGGCAAAGAUCCCACAACAGGAACUACUGUAUUAGGACUGGGAACUUUUUAGUCAGAUGGUUCUCAGAAGAACAUUUUUGGCUUACAAAGGAACUUUAUUGCUUCUAUAUCCUUUUCCCCUCUGUGUGCUAAUCUCAAACUUGAGUGUGGUGCUGGCAACACUCAUGUCUUCAUCCAUGACACAAAACCUCAGCUGUCCCAUGAGCCUUUGCAGUGAGCUGCUUGUCCUGUCACAGUGGACCGGUGCUAGAUGUACUCUGUAUCAAUAUGUUAUUACUGCUGCAAUGGCCAGAAAUCCCGCUGGUUGUGAUAAUAACUGAUAGUGUGUCUGCAAAAUGUCAUUAAGAUCUAUUAUACCGCAUAAAAAACACAAUGGAGUUGUUUCUUUAUACUAUUCAAUUAAAACCGCUCUUUGUUUCUGAGAGCACGCAGCUAAUGGGGAGGUCUGUUUACUUGAUACUGCCAUGACAACCGCUGGCUCAGAAUUAGACUCCAUUCUUCAGCUCAGUGUUGUAAAAAUAAACAAUAGGCUAAAAAUGUU